AUGAUGAGGCAGAAAGACUUGGUUGCAGCCUUUGAGCUGCACAUUCAUGCAAGGGGACCAUGCCUCAGUUUGUGGCAGAUGGGUAAACAUGUAGAAACAGAGUUGUAUAGGGAGCCCACCUAUGAGCACCACAUGUAUUGGAAAAGUACCCCACCUUUGAAACAAUGGCAGAGGCAUGUAACUAGAGACCCCAUCAAAAUAUGCAGGUCUUCUAUAAAUCCAAUUGCCCCACUUUUGCCCAAAAUAGAAUAG